UAUCGACACCAAAUAGAAAUAUGUGGAUGUUUAAAUACAGUUGAAUAGUUAAUUGGUACGACCAAGCGGGAUGUCGAUCAGUCUGCAGAAAACUCCAGAGAUAAUUCAGCAUGUCCAAAGGUUGAAUCAAAUUAGCAUCAAACAAAACUUAGCUUCAGAAUAUAGUCAGAUUCAAGGAAUUUACACAAUAGAAUACGAUAGUACAGAUGAAAAAGAGGCAAUCCUUGUUACAGAAACUAAACACAGUAACUUUUCACUGACAUCAGAUAAAUGUAUGUGUUUAAAAGCUGGUAAUGGAAUGCUUCUGAUUGACGGACAACGUGAAAGUCAAAAUUGGUUUAGUGAUAUUCUGACAGUUUUUAGUCCGGCAGGAUUUCAGUUGGGGAAUGUGAGGAGAAGGGGGUUUGAUUUGUACUCGCAAUAUGAUAUUUAUGACGGCAAUAUGAAAGAGUUAUUUCACCUCAAAUCUGACCCUUCUGCAAUUGUUAUACUGAAUCAUAGUAAUACAAUUGUGGCUACAGUCAAUCAUAACACAGAAAAUGCAACGUUUGAUAUCAGCUAUCAGUUGGAAAUAUCCGCCAUCGAAAAGUUUUUGAUACUAAUUUGUGUAUUAAUGUGGACGAAGCAUGAACAACUGUACAAUGAGAGUCAGGAUUAUUGUUGCCGACUAAUUUUGAGGCAGUUAACACUAUUUUUGAUAUCAUGCAUCCCUUAAAUUUGUAAUAACAGUUUAUGUGAUUAUGAUUUCAUCCGUCUACUAAGAAAAUGCCUGUACAAAGUCGUGGAUAUGACAGUUAUCAAUUCGUUUGAUGUGUUUGAGCUUUUGGUUAGCACUUAUAUCUAGGUCGGUUGAAAACAAAACUUUACGACAGACAACUGACUGAUUUCGGCUUCC